AUGGCCAAUCAUUCUGAGGGCUCACCGAAUCUUCCUCAUACCGAAGGCGGUCUAACGGAUGCAGAGUACUACUGGCGUGAUCACCAGCCAUGGCUCCAGGAAUGCGGUUACAUGCUUCGGCCCCGGUACAGGCCUGAUUGGGUGCCGUCCUGGCUAGGCACCAAGAAACUCUUCUCUCAGUGCGAAGAUGGUUAUGGGCUGAUACAUCCGUACGUGAACGACGCCACCCGGAUAUCGGAUGGUGCUCUAGUAUUACUCAAGCAGGUCUCUGUUAUUGUCCACCCUCAUGAGGUCUCCAUCGGACGAUACCUCUGUUCUGAUGAGCUACGUUCCGACCCAGACAACCACUGCGUGCCCCUACAUGACGUUCUCAAAGAUCCCUCUGAGGAGAACACCGUCAUACUCGUGAUGCCUUUGCUCAGGAAGUGCGACGACCCCGAGUUCGACACUAUUGGGGAAGUGGUCGACUUCAUCCGGCAGCUCGUUAAUGGGUUGAAGUUCAUGCAUGCACAUCACGUCGCCCAUCGGGAUAUAAUGCUGUCAAAUGUAAUGUUCGAUCCAAAACCAAUGUAUCCGGACAUGUACCACCCCCGUCGAAGAGAGAGGAAACGAGACUUUACCGGCAAGGCUAAGCAUUAUUCUCGUACGGAGAGUCCGGUCAAAUACUACUAUGUGGAUUUCGGUCUAUCACGCAAGUACGAAAGCGAAGACUAUCCGCCCCGGGAACUACCUAUCCUGGGUGGCGAUAAGAGCGUACCCGAGUUUCAAGGCAACGGUUACGACAAAGCCGUAGACCCCUUCCCGACAGACAUCUACUACCUAGGGAAUCUGAUACGAAUGGCGUUUAUACGGCACUACGAGAAUCUCAGUUUUCUACAUCCGCUCAUUGCAGACAUGGUGCAAAACGAACCAGAAAAGCGCCCCCUUAUCGAGGAGGUUGCUUCUCGAUUCAUGGAAGCCACGUCCGCACUCUCCCCAGGUGUUCUUCGUGACCGUCUCAGAGAGAGGAACGAAUCGACCGUCGUUCGCUUUUUUCGAGGCCUCGAACACUUCUAUCGGACGGCGAAAUACGUCGUCAAGCGAUUAUCCCCAGUGCCCACCCCUCCCGCAUAG